AUUUGUUUGCUGUAAUAUAAUGUAAUCAUAUCUCUUCAGGUCAACAGCGAUGGUUGUUGUGGCAUUUGUGGGAGCUCCAGAAAUGAGGAUCUUAAUGGAGGAGUUGUCAGCCGAGCCGUCUCCUCCUCGUCAGUGGAUCGGCAGUGAGGCCUGGGUAACCAAUAAAGACAUGCUGAAGUUCAGCUUCUUUGCUGGAGCCAUUGGAUUUGGGAUUCAGCGAUCUGUCAUUCCAGGUCUGAGAGAAUUCUUGCUGGAUCUCUCUCCCACUAAAGUGGCUGCGUCUCCACUGCUUACUGAGUUCUGGGAGGAGGCAUUCAACUGCAGGCUGGGAAAAACUGCAGCCGUGGAUGAGAGAGUGUGUGAUGGAUCUGAAGACAUACAGACGCUCCAGAGCCAGUACACUGACACAUCUGAGCUCCGAAUCACUAACAUGGUGUACAAGGCUGUUUAUGCAAUAGCACAUGCCAUUCAUAAUUCAGUGUGUCAGGAAACAAAUUCAAGUACUAAGUGUGACAAAAUCACCAGGAUAGAGUCCAAACAGCUUCUCACUCAGCUGAAGAAAGUAAAUUUUUCCCAAAAUGGUUAUGAUGUGUCAUUUGAUGCCAAUGGGGAUCCUGUGGCCACAUAUGAGCUGGUUAACUGGCAGAAAAGUGAAAGUGGCAGCCUUGAGUUGGUGACAGUAGGUUUCUAUGAUGCAUCACUGCCAGCAGGCCAGGAGUUCAGUAUCAACAGGAACCUCACCUGGAUGGAAGGUAGAACACAAGUCCCUGUGUCAGUGUGCAGUGACAGCUGUCCUCCUGGAACUCGUAAAGUGCUGCAGAAAGGAAAACCCAUCUGCUGUUAUGAUUGUAUACUGUGUCCUGAGGGAGAGAUUAGCAAUGCUACAGAUUCUCCUGAUUGUUUCCCUUGUCCCAGGGAGUUCUGGCCUAAUGCAGAGAGAGACUCUUGUCUCCCCAAGCCUGUAGAGUUUCUGUCCUUUGACGAGGUCCUAGGAAUCAUCCUGGCUGCAUUCUCAGUUGCUGGUGCCUGUCUUGCCAUUAUAACAGCGGCUGUGUUCUUUCGUCACAGGACAUCCCCGAUUGUCAGGGCCAACAACUCUGAGCUGAGCUUCCUGCUGCUCUUCUCCCUGACUCUCUGUUUCUUAUGUUCAUUGACUUUCAUUGGAGCACCCACUAUGUGGUCCUGCAUGCUGCGCCACACAGCAUUUGGGAUCACCUUCGUCCUCUGCAUCUCUUGUGUUCUUGGGAAAACAAUAGUUGUGUUGAUGGCCUUCAAAGCUACACUCCCAGGUAGUAACGUCAUGAAAUGGUUUGGUCCUCCACAGCAAAGAAUGACUGUGGUGUCUUUUACAUUUGUUCAAGUUUUAAUAUGUACCAUUUGGUUGGUUCUUAGUCCCCCUUUUCCAUUGAAAAACCUGACCACAUACAAAGAGAGGAUCAUCCUGGAGUGUGCAUUGGGCUCAGAUAUUGGGUUCUGGGUUGUGCUCGGGUACAUCGGCCUGCUGGCUGCCUUUUGCUUAGUGUUAGCUGUCUUAGCCCGCAAACUACCUGAUAAUUUUAAUGAAGCCAAGUUUAUCACCUUCAGCAUGUUGAUAUUCUGUGCAGUGUGGAUCACCUUUAUCCCAGCGUAUGUCAGCUCUCCUGGGAAAUUUACUGUGGCUGUGGAGAUUUUUGCUAUUCUGGCCUCCAGUUUUGGUUUAAUUUUGUGUAUAUUUGCUCCAAAGUGUUUCACCAUAUUGUUUAGGCCAGAGAAGAACACCAAGAAACAUUUAAUGAACAAAAAUUAA